AGUCAAGAUUCUGUGACUGAGCGAGUACUGCCCUUGCAUCACAAACGCAUCGAACCCCUCCGUUUUCCCUCUGUAAUCGAGUUGAAUGUGAUGCAGUUGCAGUAUAAACUUGUGUUUAACUUGUGCGAGAGGAAAUCCAUUGACUGACUUGGACCCUUUGUGUUACAGUUCAUGCGAGUCGGCUGAGGAUUUGCGGGAUUCAGCGAUGGAUUUAUGCUCACAGUCGGUCUGGAUGUGAGGCAGUUUCACCCUCAGCCACCAUCAUUUUCACAUGAGGACAAUGUGAAGUUGACAGUGUUCCUCUGGAGUCUGCCGCAUGGAGGAGAAGUCCUAAACCAACAGCAGGGACUGUUGUCAGCGGCGUCGCAGCGAUGGGCCUCUGCUCGCCUGUGUGCAAAGCUCUGCGCAGGGGGAAGUACUUUGUCUUGCUGCUGCUGUCGGUAUCGGUGCUGGUGUGGAUCGCCACAUUCUCGAGUGAAACUGUGAAGGCAGUCAUCGGAGCGACCAGACAGACUCUGAGUAAAGCUGAAAGCCUGAGGGAUAAAGUGGAGUCUUUGACGCCGGCAACUGUGCGGGCUCAUUCUCCCACAGCAAGAGCUCAAUGCCCACAGCAGUCACCGCUUCUACAAGGAGAAGUGAAGUUGACGUUUGAAUCCUCGCUGACACUCAAGGACGUAGAGAGCGAAAACUCCAAGUUGAUGCACAGCGAGUAUGAGCCUGCGGACUGCACAGCGAGGCAGAGCGUCGCCAUUCUCAUCCCUCACCGGCACAGAGAGAGACACCUCCUCUACCUGCUGCACCACCUGCACCCUUUCCUGCAGAGGCAGCAGCUCCAUUAUGCAAUUUAUGUCAUCCAGCAGGCUGGAGAUGUGACAUUCAACCGAGCAAAGUUACUGAACGUCGGGUAUCUGGAGGCCCUGAAGGACCACAGCUGGGACUGCUUCAUCUUCCACGAUGUGGACCUGGUUCCCGAAAAUGAUCGCAACUUAUACUUGUGUGAUAAACAGCCGAAACAUUUAGUCGUUGGCCGGAACGCGACGGGAUACAAGUUGCGUUACAAAGGAUACUUUGGAGGAGUCACUGCAAUGACCCGAGAACAAUUUCUCCAGGUCAACGGAUUCUCAAACACUUACUGGGGAUGGGGCGGAGAGGACGAUGACCUACGCAUCAGAGUGGAGCUGCAGAAGAUGCGGAUCGUGCGGCCGCCUGCGGACGUGGCCCGCUACACCAUGGUGUUCCACAAGCGCGACUCCGGCAAUGAAAUAAACAAAGACAGGAUGAGGUUGUUGGGACGAACACCACAGGUUUGGAAGAAAGACGGCCUCAACAGCUGCUCCUACAAAACCCUGUCAGUGGAGAGACUUCCUCUGUAUGUGAAUGUGACGGUGGACAUUGGGAAGCCGCAGAGCUGAGACACUGUUUACUGUGUGCACGCCAUGUUCGCACCAUUCCAAACAAAACAAGUUUCCAUUUUGCCUUCAGUUUCUCAUAUCAGAAGCUCUGCUUGGACGUUUGCAUUUAAGGUACAUGCGAACAUGUCGACCAAGGCCAUGAAGUGAGUUUUACUUUCUGUUUAAAUGCCUUAAGCUUUCUUUCUCGCAAGUGAGGAAACGCUACUCCGGCCCCACCUGGUGGCCUUCCGCUGUUAGCAAACUAGUUUGCACUUUUCACAUUCCAAACUUGACUGACAUGUUCAGAUCUGGCUCGGUCACUUAAAGCAAUAUGGCGAGUGCGUCAGUGAGUUUGUGAAAUACAAAGGUCAAUUUGUUUGAUGAGUGAACACUGGAAUACACACUUUCCACCAGUAGGUGGGAGAAUGACCCCCAAAACUGCCUUCUUAUUACUGAAUACUUUUUGAAUUGCCUCCCAUGACUGGACCAUCCUCACACAGAAGUUGAAAUAAAAGAAUAUGUUUGACUUAAUACAUAAAAAAAUGAACAUUCACAGUGGCAGUGUUCGUCUCCGUGUGGAGUUUUAAGGCUUUAUUGUAUCAUGGUUCCUUUUAAUGUCAAGGUAAAUUCACAAGCCAUGUUGAAGUUACUUGUAUUUACAUGCGUUUUCAUCCUGUAAAAGGGUCAAUGUGAUGCUGUGAAUGACUGAAGCCUUUGAAGUAGCAAAAAUGCCUCAUUUCAAAAUGCUGAGAUCAUUUCAGAAAAUGAGCCAGAGUUACGUGCCAGAAAACAGAACUAUGAAAUUCUAAUGAUUAUGAUCCUUAUGUGGUGACAGGUGUGUGUGAACGUCAAAAAUGUGUUUGGUUGCAAUACUUCUUAAGGGACCUAUGACUGACAGAGUCACCUCUGUCAAACUUUUACGACUGAAAUAUUGUUUUUUUUUAAAGAGAAAUCUUUAGGGUGUAGGGUUGGUAUUUAUUCCCAAGAGUAUUUAAAGUAAAAGUAGGAUGAUAUCUGUGAAAUUAUAUUUGCCGCCUCAUGACAAGAAUCAUAAGUCUAUCAUUGCAUGCUCAUAGUAUCAAACGCUUAGGUUGCUGGUUUGUUCUUCCGUUGUUGUUUACAUGACCAUGUCAGUCUUGAGAACUGACAGUUACAAAUCUGAAACUUCCUGCCGUAGCUGAGCUUGUACUUCUUGUACUUGGAACCAAUCUGUGUGCUUGUUUAGUUUUUGUACUGGAUUUGAACUUUAUAUGAACAACUGAAGAAGUAAAGACUGAUUUGCCAAUUCAUUGUUUCC